AUGUUGACGAGCAACAAGUCCCUGAGGGGGCUUCUCCUGGCCACUGCCUUCGCUGCCCGCGGAGUGCUUGCCCAGGAAGAAGCAUGCAAGCCCUACAGCGAGAUUUGCUCAGCGCAGGCCUUGAGCUGCUACUUCACUUCUUGCUCCGUCACGGACCAGGACAGAGUUUUGUCCCGCAUGAACGACGUCUGCGACUGUGUUGAGGAAAACCCCUGCACGGUCAGCACCACUGCCACGGCUACCUCUACCGCGACUGUUCCCCAGGCCACCGGCUGGUGUGCUGCUCAGAUCAACAACGUCCCCGCUUGUGCUUACAACUGCUUGGCUCGUGGUUCCGAGGAAGCCGGCUGCGACCCCAACGACUGGUUCUGCCGCUGUGACAAGAAGGACCAGAUCAACGCUCUGGCCAUCAGCUGCUGGUACAACGCUUGUGGCAUCUCUGACGAGACCGCUGUUGUCCCUCGCAUCAACGAUGUUUGCGACUGCAUGCAGUAUGCCACGCCGACCUCUGCGACAACCACACCGACGCCGACGCCGGACGCGUGCCCGCAUCCAUGCCAGGAUACUAUCGACACCAUCCCUAGCUGCGCCUCGACCUGCGUGCGGAACACGGCCGUUGAGUUGGGCUGCUUAGCCGGUGACUGGACAUGCUUGUGCCAGAAGAAGACUCAGGUCAAGGCACAGGCCCUCACCUGUUGGAAUAUUGCCUGCCCCAUCAGCGAGCAGGUCUAUGUUGGCUCGAGGAUCGACGACGCUUGCGAUUGCGUUGCCGUCACACCGGCCACGAGCUGCCCGGUGCCGACGACUGAGCCUUCCUCCACGCCGGAGGCUUCCAGCACCGAGGAGACGACCACCUCUGAUCCGGCUACCACAGCUCCUGCUACCACAACUCCUGCUGAGGAGUCGUCGAGCACCGAGGAGGCUACCACGACUUCGGCCGCUGAGGAGUCCAGCAGCACUGAGGAGGCCACAACCACUUCGGUUGCCGAGGAGUCUAGCACGACCGAAGAGUCCUCCAGCACCGAGGCUGCCACCACUGCCGCCGAGGAGUCGACCUCGACUGAGGAGGCUUCCUCGACUGCCACUGAGGAGUCGACCUCGACUGAGGAGACUUCCUCGACUGCCACCGAGGAGUCGACCUCGACUGAGGAGGCUUCCUCGACUGCCACCGAGGAGUCGACCUCGACUGAGGAGGCUUCCUCGACUGCCACCGAGGAGUCGACCUCGACUGAGGAGGCUUCCUCGACUGCCACCGAGGAGUCCUCGAGCACUGAGGAGGCCACCAGCGCUUCUACCGAGGAGACCUCAACCACCGAGGAGGCUUCCAGCACCGCCACCGAGGAGUCUUCGACCACUGAGGCCACCGCCACCGACGUGUCGACCACCGCCGCCAGCGAGACGGAGAGCAGCACCGAGGAGGCCACCGCUUCUGCCACCGAGACCGAGUCGGCCAGCGCCACUGGCACUGAGGCUGAGACCUCGGCCACCGGCACAACCACCGAGAGCGAGUCCUCGACUGCUACUGACGCGGAGUCGACUGCUACCGAGAUCAGCACCACAGGCACCGAGAGCGCGACAGAGAGCGCGACCGAGACUGCCACCGACGCGACUGCCUCUGCCACUAACGCUACCGCCACCGAUGCCCAGUCGACGGCUGCUGGCACCGGUGUUGAGGGCGAAUCCACUGCUACCUCGACUGGCACCGAUACUCAGGCUACCGGCACUGAGGCUCCUACUGGCACCGCUACCGACGGCUCCGAAUCGACCGCCACAACUGGCACUGGUUCCGAGACCACUGGCGCCGCUGGCACUAGCGCGGAAGGAGAGUCGACUGCUACCGCUACCGGCACUGAGGCUGUCACUGGCACCGCCACUGACGGCUCCGAGUCGACCGCCACAACUGGCACCGGCGCUGCUGGCACUGGCGCUGAGGGAGAGUCGACUGCUACUGCUACCGGCACUGAGGCUGCUACUGGCACCGCCACUGACGGCUCCGAGUCGACCGCCACAACUGGCACCGGCGCCGCUGGCACUGGCGCUGGCUCCGAGACCACUGACACCGAGUGUGAAACCACUGCGACCGCGACUGGCACUGCCGUUGAGGGCGAGUCGACUGCUACCGGCACUGAGGGCAGCGCCAGCACUGCUUGCCCGACCUGCACCGGCACGGAGACCGUGAGCGGCACUGCUACCGGCACUGGCGCUGCCACUGGCGACAACACUGCCACGGGCACAGCUACUGGCACCGACGCGACUGAGACUGCUGCCACGACUGGCACUGGCUCCGGCUCUAACACCGAAACGGACUCCAACACUGACAUCGACGCCACUGGCACCGCUACCGGCACUGAUGCCACUUCGACCGCUAGCUCGACUGGUUCUGGUUCUGGCUCUGGCAGCGGUUCCGGCUCGGGCUCCAACACCGAGUCGGGCGCUAACACCGACACUGGCGCUGCUACCGGCACUGCUGUCCCCACUGGUAGCCACACCAACUACCCCUCGUACAGCUACAGCACCUUCCUCACCGUCACCAAGUCUGAUGGCACCACUGCCACCAAUGGUGAGGACACCACCGGCACUGCUACCUCUGUUCAGUCUACGUCUACUUCUCCUUCUGGCUCUGGCAGUGGCUCUGGCUCGGGCUCCGGCUCUGGCUCCGGCUCUGGCUCCGAAGGCUCUGGCUCCGGCUCCGGCUCCGGCUCCGGCUCUGGUUCCGGCUCCGGCAGCGGCUCCGGCUCUGGCUCUGGCUCCGGCUCGGACUCUGGCUCUGGCUCUGGCAGUGGCUCUGAGGGCUCUGGCUCCGGCUCCGGCUCCGGCUCUGGUUCCGGCUCCGGCAGCGGCUCCGGCUCUGGCUCUGGCUCCGGCUCUGGUUCCGGCUCUGGUAGCGGCUCCGGCUCUGGCUCUGGCAGUGGCUCUGAGGGCUCUGGUUCCGGCUCUGGCUCGGGCUCCGGCUCCGGCUCUGGCUCUGGCAGUGGCUCUGAGGACUCUGGUUCCGGUUCCGGCUCUGUCAGUGGUUCUGGAAGUGGUUCCGGCAGCAGUUCGGGCUCGGGCUCUGGUUCUGAGGGCUCUGGUUCCGUUUCUGGCUCCGGCUCCGGCAGUGGUUCUGGUUCUGGUUCCAGCUCUGGCUCUGGCUCCAGCAGUGGCUCUGAGGGCUCUGGUUCCGGCUCCGGCAGCGGUUCUGGUUCUGGUUCUGGCUCUGGCUCUGGCUCUGGCUCCGGCAGUGGCUCUGAGGGCUCUGGCUCCGGCUCCGGCAGCGGUUCUGGUUCUGGUUCCGGCUCUGGCGCCGGCCAGGGAAGUGAGGGAAGUGUUGAGGAGGACUACAACCAUGGCGGUAACUGGACCACAGGUGGCAACUGGACCUCUACUGGCACUGGCCAGCUGCCCAUCCCCACCACAGCCGGUGCGGCGAACCUUCGUGUCGCCGGCGCGACCGUCAUCGCGGGCGUUGUUGCCGCUUUCAUUGCCCUGCUCUAA